AUGGCAGUUCAAAAGUACGACGCCAUCGGCGAUUCCUACAAUGACGUUCCCGAGAUUGCCACAGGCAAACUGCAACUCGCCGCCAUGCAAUCCCUCAUCGGAGACGUCAAGGGCCUCACCAUCCUCGAGCUCGCCUGUGGUCCGGGCUUCUACUGCCGAAAGGCCAUCGAAUGGGGUGCCCACCAUGCCACCGGCGUAGACAUAUCGCCAGCGAUGGUCGAAGCAGCACGCGCCUGCGCAAAGGGGGACAAGCGAAUGGAAUUCCACCUCGCCGACUGCAGCCAGCCAUUCAACUUCGGGCAGUUCGACGUCGUCCUCGCGCCAUGGUUACUCAACUACGCCCGAAACGAGAAGGAGCUUAUUGGCAUGUGGCGCAACAUCUACAACAGCCUGAAGCCCGGGGGGAAGAUCAUUGGGAUGAGUCCGAACCUUGAUUUACUGGACGAUCCUUCGGGGUUUCCUCCGGGGCCAUAUUUCGGGCAGGGAUUCAAGGUCGUGGGUGAGAUCGAGGACGGAGGGUUGGAGGUUCGGGCCACGUUGUAUACGCCGACGCCUUUCUCUUUCACUAAUUAUUACUUGCCGAGUGUGCUGUAUCAGAAAUCUUGUCUGUUGGCGGGUCUGCGUGAUUUUCGGUGGACAUCUUAUCCUGAUGCUCUCCUGGGGGAUGUGGACUGGGAUGCCUUUUUGCGGUGUCCUCCUUUCAUGACCUUUACGGCGGUGCGUCCUUUGGAUGUAUUGAAGUGA